CAACUUCCCAUACACCAAUGUCUCUCUCAACAACCAUAACAUGAUCAUCCGGUCCUCACCACCACAAAGCGGUACCCCAUGUACCGCCCCACGUGCCGGCUCUUCCGCCUCCCCUCUAAACUGCAGCGGCGCGCACGCCGCUCACGAGUGUUCGCAAUGUUCCUCCUGUUCGCAACAAUCUUCAUAUUCAUUUUCCCGUUCUACUGCAUCUACAAACCUCCAAAUACCCUGAUACGGUAUUUUCAACGCCGCUGGCCAGAUGUAUUGUGGCACGUGCCCACGAGUCAAAAGGUGAUCGGUUUGACGAUUGAUGAUGCGCCGUCAGAGUACACGAGGGGGAUUUUGGAAGUGCUCAAGGAAAAUGAAGCAAAGGCGACGUUUUUCGUUAUUGGGGGCCAGGUUCCGGGAAGAGAAGGAAUUUUGGAAGAUAUGGUCAAGACUGGGAUGGAACUCGGUAACCACGCUAUGCACGACGAACCUUCCCGGUCUCUAUCACUAGCGCAGUUGGAGUCCGAGAUGAAGCAAGUCGAGAGCGCGAUAAACGACACAUAUGCGGCUCUUGAGUUGCCUCGACCGCCAAAGUAUUUCCGUCCUGGCUCCGGAUUCUUCAGCACAAGGAUGCGCGCGCAAAUCAAAGAAAUGGGGUAUCAGAUGGUGCUGGGUAGUAUCUACCCGCAUGAUCCGCAGAUUCCGUAUCCGGGGAUAAAUGCGAGGCAUAUUCUGAGCAUGGCACGACCGGGUGGGAUUAUCAUCUGCCACGACAGAAGAGGGUGGACCGAACCAAUGCUACGAAAGGUGCUUCCUGAGUUGAAGAGGAGGGGGUAUACGAUCACGACUGUGACGGGAUUGCUUGAAGCGGCUGGGAGGGUGGGGAGCAGAAGUGGAGCAAGCUGAGGCUGGCAUGUUAUACGACAGUGGACGAAGACCGUUCAUGCCGCUGUCUUUACGAAGGGCCGCGUUAUGAAACGAACAUUUGGUCCGUCAGCCGCGUUAACUGUGAAAGCGAGAUGCAAGAGGUGCUAUGCGCUGACGCACUCAAACGCACAGAUGCUACAAGAGCAAGGCAGUAGAAGAACGUGCACAGGGUGAAUGCAGCGCUAAAUGUCGAAGCAGAUGUCUGAAAAGCUUAGAGGCUUGUAUGUAGACAGCUCUGGGCAGCUAAAAUCACCAGCAUAGAUUCAUGGAAAUUU